UGACAGCCCGCUGUCCCGCUUGACAGCCUGCUGUUCCCCCGUGCCCUUGACAGCCCGCUGUUCCCCCGUGCCUUUGACAGCCCGCUGUUCCCCCGUGCCCUUGACAGCCCGCUGUUCCCCCGUGCCCUUGACAGCCCGCUGUUCCCCGGUGCCCUUGACAGCCCACUGUUCCCCGGUGCCCUUGACAGCCCGCUGUUCCCCCGUGCCCUUGACAGCCCGCUGUUCCCCCGUGCCCUUGACAGCCCGCUGUUCCCCCGUGCCCUUGACAGCCCGCUGUUCCCCCGUGCCCUUGACAGCCCGCUGUUCCCCCGUGCCCUUGACAGCCCGCUGUUCCCCCGUGCCCUUGACAGCCCGCUGUUCCCCCGUGCCCUUGACAGCUACCCCUCCUGCAUGCAAUGGCUGGGGACAAAUAUUCUGUACUGUUGCCAACUUACAAUGAGAGAGAGAACUUGCCUAUCAUUACCUGGCUUCUUUGUAAAUACUUUAAGGAAAGUGGCAUUGACUAUGAGAUAAUAGUGAUCGAUGAUGGAUCACCAGAUGGCACUCUUGAGGUUGCUAAGAAACUGCAAGAAAUAUAUGGUGACAACAGAAUUGUUUUACGGCCAAGAGCAAAGAAGCUUGGUUUAGGAACUGCAUACAUCCAUGGAAUAAAGCAUGCAACUGGUAACUAUGUCAUCAUUAUGGAUGCUGAUUUAUCACAUCAUCCAAAAUUUAUUCCUGAAUUCAUCAAGAAACAAAAAGAAGGGAACUACGAUGUGGUUUCUGGAACUCGUUAUAGCGGAAAUGGAGGUGUAUAUGGAUGGGAUCUGAAACGCAAAGUGAUCAGCCGAGGUGCCAAUUAUGUCACUCAAAUUCUGCUCAGGCCUGGAGCUUCAGACCUCACUGGCUCCUUCAGGUUGUACAGAAAGGAGGUCUUGCAGAAGUUGGUAAAUUCUUGUGUCAGUAAAGGAUAUGUCUUCCAGAUGGAAAUGAUAAUUCGUGCUAGGCAGUUUGGUUAUACCAUUGGAGAGGUUCCGAUCAGCUUUGUGGACCGUGUGUAUGGAGAAAGUAAAUUAGGUGGAUCAGAAAUUAUUGGGUUUGUGAAGGGUCUACUUUAUCUUUUUGCCUCAACAUGAAUACAAUGUAUUAAGUAAGCUGAUGUUUGUUUAACCACUGCACUGCGCAAAACGACCAAUGCUGUUUUGAGAGUUGUCGGGUUUUUUUUAAUUAGGCUAUUCAGUAUUUUAAUGUUUUCAUCCCUUUGUUUUGAAAUGAAAAUAGUUGAGUUUUUUAACAUUUUUACAUUAAAUUUACCUGAACAUUUAUAAAAACAACAAAAAUAUGUUCUUAACAGUUGCACUAUGAAGUUUUUGCCAAAAACAGGUGCGCAGUGCAGGGCUUAAUUUCCUGCCAAUUCAUACAUUUAUAAAAAAAAUUGCAACUAUUAAAAAUUUCUAUCACACUGUUGGACUAGAGUACUGUACAUUAUCUUGUUUUAUUUAUCUGACAUUGCAACAUCUUGGGCAUUGACACUAAAUGAAAACAAGUAAAACCUUUUUUUAUGUCUGCUAGUAUUUGCCAAGAGCAGAAACUAGUGUAAUGUGGGAUUUAAAGUGCAUAUCUCAAUGUAACCAGAAGUAUAAACAGCAAUGAAAAUGUUAUUUAAACAUUGCAAUACGAAACUAAAUGUCUUAUGGUACUUAAUUACUUUGUAUUAUUUCAAUGUGUUAAAAGGUAAUUAAUCUUUUUCUAAAUAUAUAAUUUUUAAAUCAUGGCAGUUUGCAGUGAAAAAGUUUUCCUUGUAUAUUAUGGUAUAAAUAAUUUCAUAUUUUGUAAUGUAUUGUCGACUGAUGACAGCAUAAUUCCCACAUUCCACUUGAUAAAUAACAGAAGCAAGUGAUUUUAAAAUGUAUUGCAAAAACGUUGUCUGUUCCAAAUUAGAUCACUACAAUAACUCUUCUGAGUCUGUUGUACUCUAAUAAUUACUUCUUGGUACUGUAUUCAGAAGGUUUAAAGAUUUAAACAACAUCAUUUGAAACUUAAGAUUUUUGUAUAAUUCCAGAUUUAUUUAUAAUUUGCAGGCGAUGAGUCACAAUAAUGUGGCUGAAAUAUGUUGACCAAACCACACCCUAGAAAGUGAAGGGAUGACGAUGUUUCGGUCAGUUCUGGACCACAAUCGACUUGAGAAUGGUCCAGGACGGACAGAAAUGUCGUUGUCCCUUCACUUUCUAGUGUGUGGUCUGGUCAACAUAUUAGUAAUUUAUUAAUAAAAACAAUGGAAAUUGGUAGCAAAAUAUAAUUGUGUAAGUAAAGUUGAAGGGUUAAAUAUUUAUUCUUUGUAUUAAUUUUUGUAUUCUACAGUAUGACAUAAAAUUGCAAAUUUUCUUGAAAGUACAGUAAUCUACAUAUACAGACUUCUAAAACUAAUUUACAUGCAUGUGUCUGAAAGAGUGAAAUAAUUAAGUUCUAAACAAUCCAAAUAAACUUUCUCCUCCAAGGCUUUGGGUCUUUAGAUUAGAUAAGAUAAUGUUCAUUCAGGUAAAAGUACAUAAAGUACAUUCAAAAUCAGUUACAAAUAUAAUGAUGCAUUUAAGAAUAUCCUCUCUUAACAUGAAAUAUUCCAUAGGGUAAAAUAUCCUUAUCUAAAUGGUAAGAAAUGCUCUCCCUGUCUCUCGAAAUAAUCAGAACAACAUGCAAGGCAUUUUAUAUAAUUAACAACAGAUAAAUGCAUUAACUAAUUUUUGUUAAUACAGAGCCUUGGAGAAGAAAAUAUAAUGCAUCUAGGAAACCUUACAGGUUGUGUUCAUAUUCCUUCUCUGUAUCUGCCCAUUAUUAAGUAGGAAGGACUUCAUUACACAUGGCGUUGACAUCAAUUUCUACAUUCCAAUCAACAAUUAGGGUUACACUUUAUAAAUCUAAAUGAAAUACAUUUUUUGUCAGUAAUGAAUCGUGAUUGUUAUGUACAUGCAUUUGGAGGUGUGGGAACUAUUUUUAUAAAUUACUUUUACAUAUCAUGUGAAUUGGAUGCAAGUGGGUGGAUGAUUGGAUGCGUCUGAAUUGAAAGAUGAAUGACUGUAGUACAGUGGCUACAUUCUCAUCUCGUAAUUGAUUAUCACAGGUUCGAUCCCUGGGCAGAACGGAAAUGUGGCAUGUUUUCUUUCACCUCGUGUCUGUUUACCUGGCAGCAAAUAGGUACCUGGGAAAUAGGCAACUGUUGUGUGAUUUCAUCUUGGGCGAGGUCAAUAGUUUAACCCUAGUGAGACCUCAAUACAAGCCUAAAGUAUAUUGUAUAUACAUAGGCUUCUUAUCCUGACAAAAUGAACUGUAUGUGAGGGAUGAAGAAGGGUUACUGAAUGCAUGGCAUGUUGGUGGGUUAUAUUGCUGAAUACCUCUGUUUUGAGUGAUUCAGAUGUAUUUGACUAUACAGUAUACUAUACUUGUACAGUAUAUACUGUAUGCAGAAGACGAGUCACAAUAACGUGGCUGAAGAUAUGACCACCAAACCACAUAUCAGAAGAUGAAGAAAUGACAACGUCUCGGUCCAUCCUGGAUCACUAUCAAAUAGUGUUAUCAUUAUCAACACACAACUUGAUGCUGUAAUGGUCCAGGACCGACCAAAAUGUCAUAGUUUCUUCAUCUUCUGAUGUGUGGUUUGGUCAUCAUACUUGUAUGCAUAUUUAAAAGGAAUGUGCUGCAGUUCCUGGGCAUAUCCUCUUAAUUAUUAGUCAUCUGGUGGAAGACUGCAUUACCCCACAUUUUGUCAUACUGUAUGGAGUCUACCUCCACCACUUCUUCUCUUGGUUCAUUUAACCAUGUCCUUGUAAUACAAACUUAUUUUUUUUUUGUACAUCUGGUUCAUUUGCAUGUUCAGUUUCCAUAGGAGACCUUGCAUUCUAGUCUCAUUCCUUGAAUUAAUCUUUGUUGACCUUGUCAAUGCCUAGCAGUAUUUUGUAACAUGGUAUGUGUUACAGAAUUGUUGUAACACAUUUUACUUUUUCUCCUGUAUUGAGAUUUAGGGGUCUGCCUUUCUUCAUAAAUGUGUGGGGGUGAUUAAGACACUUGUAAGGAUAUGUGAAGAUAGGAGAUUGAAUGCCUGUUGUGGAUGAGUAAAUGCCUGUUGUGGAUGAGUAAAUGCAUGUCUAGGUACUGGGUGCUUGCUAGUGGUUGUCUGCAAAGUGUGCAUGAUUGGAUGCCUAUGAGUGGGUGAUACAGUGGCGCUUUAGAUAACCAAUGAUGGGGAUACACCACCACUUAUAUACUGAGGAACAUACUUUUGAUAAUUUCUGAAAGCAGUUUUUAUGAAAGUUUGUAUUCCAAGAUAGGAAGAUAUGUGCUGCAUAUAAAUAUUUUUGUAAGAAAUAUAAAGAAUGCUACAUUUUACAUAAAAUUUGUAUAAAUUUAUUUAUUUCUUUGUCGUGAGAUUGCAUUAUUUCAUUUAUCAGUAAUGAACUACAGAAAAAUUAAUGAUUAUCCCCUUACUUAGCCUUUUGCUUUGAAAAAUUAUCAUUUGAAUGUUAAAUAUAAAUAUUUUUAUUUAACCAGAGUUGGUCUAGGUAUCAAGAGUUGUGCAUGCUAUACUGCAGUUGUUUACUAUACAAGAUAAUACUAUUUAUAAAUUAUUUUGUUCACAUUUUGUAGGUGUUUGUAAUAAAGCUGAAUUAAAAGUAAA